GGGAUUUUGGUGAAUGGAGAUGUCCUUAUAGGAUCGAUUAUUCCUCUUCACCUUGACAAAAUGUACCCCACAAUAACCUUCCAAGAGAAGCCACCAGCAGAUAUCUGCACAAUGUUCCGCUUAGAACACUACCAGCCUUUCCAGGCCAUGAGGUUUGCUGUGGAUGAAAUUAAUGGAAGCCCUGAACUUCUCCCAAAUGUAACCCUGGGCUUCUAUGCUUACGACUCCUGUGCUGUACUGAAUAGGGAGUUAGAGGGGACCUUGUGGAUGAUGACAGGACGUGAUCCAGCCAUUCCCAAUUACUGUUGCCAAGAAAGUCCACCCCUGGCCGCCAUCAUUGGACACUCAUCAUCCAGCAUUUCCAUGCAAAUGGCUCAUAUAUUGGGGCUGUACAGAUAUCCACAGGUCAGCUUCUUCUCAACCAGUCCUCUACUGAGUGACAGGGCACAAUUUCCUUCCUUCUUCAGGACUGUCCCAAGUGAUUCUUUCCAGUGGUUAGGAUUAGCUCAAAUGGUCAAAUAUUUUGGAUGGACUUGGGUUGGACUCAUUGGCCUCGAUAAUGACUACGGCCAGGAGGGCAUUAAGGUCAUGAAGGAGGAAAUUAUAAGGUCCGGGGCUUGUGUGGCCUUCACACAAUACUUACCUAGCACUUUCUACUACAAACAUUUUCUAGACAUUGCCAAAGUUAUUAAGAGGUCCACGGCUAAAGUGGUGGUGGUUCUCUCUACGGACGUCUAUCUCAUCCAGUUGUUUGAAGAGAUGAUAGCACAAAAUAUAUUAGGAAAAGUCUUUGUUGCCAGUGAGGCUUGGUCAAUAUCAAAUUUACUCUCGGUAGAUAAAUACUCUUCCAUACUCCGAGGUACCAUUGGAUUUGCUUUUCACAGCUCUAAUAUAAAAAGGUUUCAAGAAUAUCUCAACAGCAUAAACCCCUACAAUGUCCCAGGGGUCAAAAUAGCCAAGAUGUUUUGGGAAGAGAUGUUUGGUUGUUUUUUUCUUAUGGAAGACAAGCCCAGUGGUGGUAAUAAUGAGUCUAAGUUAUGUACAGGGUCUGAGGACCUAUCGGGCACCCACAAUCUCUAUAAUGAUGUUUCAAAUCUAAGGACUUCCUAUAAUGUCUAUUCUGCUGUUCAUGUGAUAGCAAAAGCUCUUGAUGACCUCAUACGCUGUAAUGAACAGGAUGGGCCGUUUUUAGGUGGGAAAUGUGCUAGUUUGAAGAAGCUUAUACCAUGGCAGCUUUUGUACUAUUUUAAGAAAGUUCAAGUGCCUUUGAUUAACAAGAGAGAACUGUUCUUCAACAAAAAUGGUGACCCACCAGCAAUAUACGACAUAGUCAACUGGCAGAGACGUCCUGACGGAUCAAUGACCCAAGUGAAAAUCGGAAUUUACGACUCUUUUGAAUCUAACGAUAGUUUUAUCAACUUGAGUCAAAUCUGGUGGCCACAUGGAAGUCAUGAGUCUAAGAUGGCUGUGGUUGUGAAGCAGCACCACACGCAGCUUCCGGGUGUCAAAUAUCAGUCCGGUGAUGGUUAUGGCUAUCCAACGGUUCCUAUGUCUAUCUGCAGUGAGAGCUGCCCUGCUGGAUUCAGAAAGGCCCCUCGUAAGGAUGAACCAGUUUGUUGUUUUGAAUGUGUUCCUUGUCCUCAAGGAGAGAUCUCCAACCAAACAGACUCCAUAGAUUGUUCAAAGUGUCCAUGGGAUAUGUGGCCGAACAACCAAAAGGACAACUGUAUUGUGAAACCCACUGAGUACCUUUCGUAUGAUGAGCCGCUAGGGUUCGGGUUAGUAGCCACCAGUGUUUUUUCCUCCGUGGUUCCAAUUUUUAUCUUAAGACUUUUCCUUCAGUACAAGAACACUCCAAUGGUCAAAGCGAAUAACUACUCCCUGAGUUGUAUCUUAUUGGUGUCCUUGACGUUUUGCUUCCUGAGCUCUUUGGCCUUCAUUGGUUACCCUGAGACAGAGAAGUGUCUCCUGCGGCAGGCAGCAUUUGGCAUGGUGUUUGCCCUUUGUGUCUCCUGUAUCUUAGCUAAAACUAUCAUGGUAGUCUUUGCAUUUAUGGCCACCAAACCUGGAAGUAGACUUAAAAGAUGGACGAGUCCUCGAGUGUCCUACAUGAUCAUCGUCUGCUGUUCGCUCCUUCAGUUACUCUUGUGCAUUACUUGGAUCUUGGUUUCUCCUCCAUUUCCACAAAAGAACAUUGAAAGCAAACCUGGAAUUAUUGUCAUUGAAUGUAAUGAGAACUCAAUAUUUGCCUUCUGGAUUAUGUUGGGGCAUCUUGGUCUCUUGGCGUCCAUCAGUUUUGUUGUUGCUUUUUUAGCCAGGAGACUUCCAGAUAACUUCAAUGAGGCCAAGUUCAUUACCUUCAGCAUGCUGGCCUUCCUCAGUGUUUGGGUGUCCUACAUCCCAGUAUCUCUCAGCUCACAGGGGAAGUAUACAGUAGCCAUGGAGAUUUUUGCCAUCCAGUCGUCAAGUUGGGCUCUAGUGAUCUGUAUGUUCCUACCGAAAUGUUUUAUCAUAUUGUUCCGACCACAUAUGAACACUAAAGAACACCUCUUAGGUAAAGCGCAAGGGACACACAGUAUGCCUUCGCUGCAUAAGAUGACGCGCAAGUCGCUUUGGGAACUUUGUCUUUUGUAUAUGUGUUUUGUGCAAGUGCGUGAAGGUGGGAAGUCCACUCCAGGCUGCCGUCUACCGGGUGGCAAUAUCAGAGGGUAUCUGAGUCGGCCCGGAGAUCUGAUCAUAGGAAGCACAUUUCCGGUUCACGUUGACCGAAUCUACACAGAAAUUAAUUUUACAAGCAAACCUGAAGAACUCAAAUGCCAACUGUAA